GAAGGUGAAAUCCCAACUGUUUCCUUGUCGCCUUAUUAGCAAUCUUGUUGCCUGCAGCACUAUUUUACUACUCUCAUUCUGCACCUUCUGCUGCCCGAGUAGCACCAAGCUUCUGCUUCCAUACACUCUGAAAUUCUGUGGCCCCUGUAAUUCCUGCUCUCUUUUUCCCAUCCAGUCGUUUCACUGCCCAUUUUUUCCAUGUGUAUUCAGCACUGUUCCAAGUUUAUUGGGGUGUCCCUGUACCCCUUCUGUGCCAUCAGCAUCAUCUGUAAUAUCCUAUUGUUCUUCCCGGGAUGGAGCUUGGAUGCUAUCAAUACCCCAGAGGUGAAAAUGACCCCAGAAGUUCUUUAUCUUGGGGGUCUCUUGGGCAGUGGAGUUUUGGUUCUGAUUCCUGCAAUCUAUGUCCACUGCACAGGGAAGCCUGGAAAAUGCAACAACCGCUGUGGGAUGUUCCUCUCUGUCAUAUUCUCGGCCGUGGGGGUGUGUGGCGCUCUCUAUGGUCUGGUUGUCUCAGCACUGGGUCUGGUUAAUGGUCCUCGCUGUGAGUACCUGUUUUUGAGUGGACGGGUGCAAUGGACAAUCCCUUUCAAAUUGCCUCUGGAAUUUUUGAACAUCGACAGGAGUUACCUCUUCAAUAGAAACGCCUGGGAUCGGUGUGUUCAACCGGCUGGUGUUGUUGAAUUUAACGUUAUUUUCUUUUCCACCAUCCUGGCCUCGAGCUGUAUCCAGACGGUGCUCUGUGCUAUACAGAUGCUGAAUGGGCUCUUCGGGUGCCUUUUUGGCACAUGUUCCAGGAAAUACUAACAAAUCCAUGAUAAUUUGGUUCCUAAAGAUUUUCCAGAUCCAGUCUCUGUUUUCCUUUAAAAUAUUUAUACGUGACCUGGACUAGGUGGUUUUUGCAUGUGGAAGAAUAAGCUGCUCCUAAACAGAAACCGAUCUUACCUGCCCGGAGCCGACUGCAACAGAGAGGAUUCUGCCAGUUCCGCCAUUGUGUGUUCAGGAAGCCAAUCCCAACAGAGAGGAUUAUGGGAGCCCAGUCCUGCAUGGAGAUUUACCAUUGAGCCAUAUAAAUCAGAAAGGCGUCUGGAAAUUACGUCCUUUGAGGAUUCUAACCCCCACGAAGCUGUAUCUUGGGGACACUGUCCUGCAUGUGAUGAUAAUUAAAUUAGAUAUUGAAUUGAA